AUGGCACCAGAAUUGUUAUCCUCGCCUCCAUCGCCCUUCAUGCUCACCAUUCCACCCCCUCGCCCGGUCUCCGUCAAUUCGUUGGCGAGAGCUCCGGUGUCUGCUACGAUCCCAUACCAAAAAGGCACCGGCACCCGAAGCACCAGCGCAGAGAUCCAGAUUCACGAUGAUUCAGAUGCUCCUACUGUGAUGCCGUCUCAGCUGGACUGCGAGACUCCCAUGGAUACUGAGAUGGAAGGUACACAGUUGAACGCGGCCGAGUCACACCCACGUCGAUCUGAACUUCGGUUUGAGAAUCUUCCAAUUGAGAUUCACGAGGCUAUACUGGAUCAUCUGUUCGGUGAAAGGGCGUCUGCUUUCACCACUACAGCGCCAGGGAAAUCAUCUGCGCGCAGUUGGACUAAAGCCCUACGUCAUCCCCGGCGAAAAGCACUUUCCAACUUAUCUCUUAUUGCGCGAGUAUGGAGACCUUUGGUACAGGAUCGUAUCUACAGACAUAUCAAAGUGAAAGGCACUAUGGAAGGACUGGCUGAAUGUGGGAGUUGGUUCGACGCGCACCCCUACCUUGCACCUUAUGUCCGGCACAUCGAGGUAUGGGUGCCUGUUUGGGGCAACCGUGCAAAUAAGAAUGCAUCUCACCAACUUCCCGCCCGACGCUUUAACAAUGAGGAUGCUGGAAUGGCGGAUGUGACUGCUCUCCUUCAGGCUACGAUGGCAUGGGACAAUCCCGACACGAACCAUAUCCACAACUACAACUACCACUACUCCAGUCACAACGCAACCAUGGAGGAUAUUUUCCGACAUGUCAAGGAAUACUUUCCCGAGGCUCGUAUUCUGACGCUUGAAGGUGGCCAUUGCAAGAAACCGCCCAUGAUUCGACAUUUUAGAAACGAUCCUUCCGGUCACUCGGGCAAGGAGCGCCUUACCCCCCUGCCCAAUAUCCAGACAUUCGUCAUGCGUGGUGCUUGGAACAUCAUGCGAGACUACCAACACUGGAACAAUUUGUCUCAAGCGUUGCCGUCGUUGCGGGAGUGGCACUGCACCUAUGCCAAGCCGAAGAUCGAGGGCUACGAGACCAUUUCCAGGGUUCUUAUGCGGCUAUCGCCGUCUAUCUUGCAUUUGAACAUUAGCUUAGAAGGCUUCUACAAUAAGGAAACUGGGCACUCCACUUUGUUCAGCGACAGCCCAAGACCACCACAUUUGUGCUAUUUGCUGGGUGAAGUUGCUCCCCGCCUUGAAUCACUCUCAUUUACUGGGAAAGUGUGUUCUUGCCUAUUUCUUGCCGCACAAAAAAGUCUACCCUCAAUGUCGAAGCUCAAGUCUCUAGACCUAGUGGUAAAGACUUGCUGCCGCGACCCCAGAUAUGACUCCGGCUACCCUUUCGUUGACGAUGUUUCCGGGAUCACGAACAUGAAGUUUAUUAGAUCCUUCGAGAGACUAGUCGUUGGAGCUGUACAGAGCCUUGAGAAUCAUCCGCUGCUCGAUUACCUGCGUAUUCGGUUUAUCGAUCUGGACUCCGCAUGUCCUCUGCUGAAUCCGUAUUUCCAACUCAUUAACAACCAGUGCUCUGGCCUCUGGAGCGAAUGGAUCCUGGAUGUACUUCACGAAACCCGACCGCAGGCAAGUUUUGUUCAACUCUGCGAUGGGAUAUAUCCUCAGUAUGGGCCCAAUGACCAGGUUGUUGGUGCUGUUUACCCACGCAUCCGGCCACAGAGUAUCCAUGCAUGCAUGUACAAGAUUAUCGCCGAUGCCUCAAAGCCGUAG